AUGAAGUUGAAAUAGCACGAACAUUAUACCGAGUAUAUCUUUUGAUAUGGCCGGUAUGUGGUCAUUAUUCAUGAGAUUGAUCAAAGUAAUACUACCUAGGCAAGGUGAGGGCCAUGUGUCAAUCCAGAACCAACAAAAAGCAGUUUCCCAAAAUCUAUGAAAGUUAUACUUCAUGUGUUGCCGAUGAUACCUCAUGGGAGUAGACUGGAUGUAGUCAAUGCGACAAUUAAUUCAUCAUAUAUGUGGUCGGAAUGCAGUCCUUCGUUUGACUAAAAAUAUGCGCCUGCAGAACAUGACUAAUCCAUCAUAUUCUUACGAUUUGAAGUUCUUUUCAGAUUGGAUUGCCAACAUUGGUGACAGUGUUGCGAGUGAAAGUAAUGAUGGUCAUAUUCGUAUUACUACUCCUGAAGAUCUAUUGAUAUGCACAGAUGGAGAUCCUAUAGCUGUGAUUGUUGAAAGCAUAUUUCCGGAAUAUGUUGAAUCUGCAGGUGAUAUGAGUUGUUUGCGCGACCGUGCAAUUUUGGCACCAACACUGGCUGUGGUUGAAGCUGUUAAUGACUAGCUAUAUGACGGCUCUUAAUGUUGGUGAAGUUUCAAGAACAUAUCUUAGUUCUGACAAUGUUUCUAAGGAAGAUUCUGCGACCAAUCUAAUGGUGGAACUGCAUAGAUCUGAGUUCUUGAAUAGUAUAAAAUUGUCUGGUGUACUGAAUAAUGAGUUAAUGUUAAAGGUAGGGACCCCGAUGAUGUUUUUGUGAAAUAUCGAUCAUUCAAUGGGGUUGUGUAACGGGACACGUCUUAUUCUAACAAGCUUCGGUGAUCAUGUUUUGGAGGGUGGAAUUUUAACUGGUGUGAGUGUAGGACUAAAAGUAUUAAUUCCUAUAUUGCCCUUGACGCCACCCGAUGUCAACUUGCCUUUCAAAUCUCAUAGGUGACAAUAUCCUGUUAUGACUUCAUAUGCUAUGACUAUAAAUAAAAGUCAAGGUCAGUCUUUG